AUGAAGCUAUUAGACGGCUUGACAAUAUCUUUGUGCAUAAGCAUGGCCACCUCGCUGGUGUUGCCUGGCUUUGACCAACUUAGAUUACAGCAGCAAAAUGUAUUAUCGUUACUCCCAAAGGAAAAAAUCCAGAUCCAAACACUCUCAGAGAUCUGGUCUUAUGUGGAUUGCGCUAUUGCCUCCUUGGGACCAAAGGAGAUCGUUAUCGACUCAGACUUGUCGAUUUUGAAGCCUGUCCAGGCUUCUUCUAUCCCUAGAUCAGAAUUUAAUCAAUGGUUGCUCUACCAACGAAAUGUCUCAUUUCAUGGUGUGCUCAACAACAUCGGAGGAUACGGCUAUAACGCAGACAACGUUUCUGUGGGAUGCAUUAUCGCCUCUCCUUCGAAGUCUUCUCCAAACUACUUCUAUCAGUGGGUUCGUGAUAGUGCAAUCACUAUCAACACAGUGAUAGAGUAUUUGUAUGACGACAACAUAGACGAUUCUAUAGACAAAAGUGAGCUUUUAGAAGCCAUAGACGGCUACAUCAACAACAUUCAUCACUUACAACGUCAGGACAAUAGAUCUGGUAAGUUCAAAGAUGGCUACGCCAGUCUGGGAGAGCCAAAGUUUAUGGUCAACGGUGACCCCUUCAAUGACUCUUGGGGACGUCCCCAGAGGGAUGGACCAGGACUUCGUGCACUAUCCGUGGCCAACUAUAUUGAUCUGCUGGAUAAGCUGGGAAUUCAGAAAGAUUCAGAAAGACUCUCAUUCAUCUACAAUGAAGUAUUGAAGCCAGAUCUCACUUAUGUCACCCUCUAUUGGGACCACGAUGGAUUUGACCUGUGGGAAGAGACUAAUGGAUUGCAUUUUUUCACUAGUUUGACUCAACUGAAGGCUCUUAGAAGAGGUAUUGAACUGGCUCUCAGGUUUGAGGACUACGAAUUCCAUCGUGACCUGAAGAAUGCUUAUGCCCAACUAAGAAACUUUAUUGUUGGUAGAGACUCUGGAUUCCAAGAUCCUCGUUUCCCUCAUAUCAUUGAGCACCCUAAUUUGGUAGACGCUCCAGCCCAUAUUAGAAGAAAUGGUUUAGAUAUCGCAACCAUCAUUGCUGCGCUGAGAUCUCACGAUGUUGAUGAUGCAGGCGAUAUAGUCAACAUCCCGUUUGGCGUGGACAAUGCAAGGGUCCUCAAUUCCCUGACCUAUUUGGUUAAUGACAUGAAGUUCCGGUAUCCACUCAACCAGGGUCGUAUCGUCCCUGGUUUAACUCUAGGAAUGGCCUUAGGAAGAUAUCCUGAAGACACCUACAACGGUGUUGGUACCAGUGAAGGAAAUCCAUGGUUCAUUUCAACUUCCAGUGCAGGUGAACUCAUCUACAAGCUGUUGUAUUUGCAAUACAAAUAUCAACAAGACUUCGUGAUAGAUUCUUCCAAUAGGGAAUUCUACGAAAUGUUUUUGGAUCUGCCCAAAGACUCUGCUCGUGGAAUUCAAAUUCGCAUACCUUUCGGAAGCGACACCUAUCGUGCACUGUCCGUUUCUUUGAUCCAAUAUGCGGAUUCCUUCUUGGACGUGAUCAGGGAACAUGUGGAUAACGAAGGUCAAAUGAGUGAACAAUUUAACAGGUACAAUGGUUAUAUGCAAGGAGCCGAGAAAUUAACUUGGAGUUUUGGUUCUGUUUGGAGUUGUCUCCGUUGGAGGAACAGAAUACUAAACUUACUUGCAACAAUUAAUGAAUAG